AUGCCAUCUUUUGGAAGACUUCAAGCCGCGCUGGCUUCUGCAACGAACGAGUUGACGCUUGCAGCAGCGAACAUCAAUUUUGACUUCACACUAGUUAGAUGUGAAGUACCGAAAGAAUUCGAACCUCUAGGCAGCGCUCUGUCCCAAACUCGAAAGGAAAAUGCAGAAGGCGGGACAGCGCAUAUAACUGCUCGCAGGCUUGGUGUGCUUUUCGAGGGUAUACUUGGACCUACACCUGCUCUUGUCAAAUCCUAUGGUAUUCGGGUGUCUGAGAUCGCCCAAGCUGUCCAGAAAGAAAAUCCACCUGAGAUAGAGGAGAGUAUCUUUGCAGCCCAUGCUGGAGCAGAUGGUACCUCCAUCUGGGCUGCAGCAACAUCGUCCCCAACGGCACUGCAUGUGCAGCUUCUUGCUUGUAUGCUGGCUCGUCUCUGGUCAGCUUCUGAAGCGACAUCAAUCUGGGUCGAGCUUAUCAAAGAGAGGAGGAAACAGAUUGAAGGCUUAUGGAACGAUGAGGAGCCUCUCCGAUUCGCCACGGUUGCUGCCGCAGCUCAAUCAGACAUAUCCCGCGCUAGUCUAGCUGAGUGGGACGCAAGUGUUCGCUCUUGGCUCCGAACAGCAGAUCGGUUCAACCAGGAGCGACAAGACAAGCUGAUGAUCCUUCUUGACAAGGUCAACUUGCCCAUCAGUCAUGACACAGUCUACUCGAGUGUCAUAGCAGCUUGGAAGUCAGCUGUGGAGACGAUGGAAAGGCUGGUCAAGGGAAUGCCUCAGGCCGUCAAUGAAGGUUCAUGCCUCCUCGCGUUGAGUGCCUGGCACCUGUAUCCUGAUAUCACUGUUGGUGGAUCAGAUACGCCGCCUCUUCAGUUCUCAGAUCCACUUGUCCAGUCUGGUGGGUUCCUAACCCUGGGGCUCGCACGCCCACGCGAAGGUGCUGCUCAUGGUGUUUUUUGGUCCUUAUCGCUGGCUCACCUGAACUUUUACGGCCGCCCCGUCUCCAGGAAGGCGAGAUUUGACACUGAGUCUCGCAAGCUAUCAUUUGGCCAGUUCACCCAAGCGGUGUACGGUUCGCUCCUGGGACACUGGAAUCUCACAGGGCCUUUGGCACAAUACCCGUCUCGUAUCUUUGUUGCGAUGAAACAGACCAUAGAACGACAGGUAUCUGCUGACACACCCAAAGCGGUGGUCAAGGAGUCACGAGAUCCUUCUUCCAUUAUCAAUAUUCUCUCGAGAUUAGGAGCCGCCCACCUAGACGCACUGCCUUUCCCAGAUGAUAUUAUUCACAAGCUCUUUGCUCUGGGUAACAGACGUGCGUCUAAGUUCAUUAAAUCCCCAGGACCGAGGCCGUUCCUUGGAAUUGGCGAAGUAGGAGAUCUUCUGAAUAAACUCAAUGGUCCAAUGGAACGGGUGGCCCUGCUUCGCCGGCUAGCUCUCUCCAGUGAUUACUAUCCUGAUGCAUACAUCAUUCGCUACUUUGAUGAUGACAAGUCGCCAUUUACUCCAGCUGGAGAGACUCAGUAUUGUGCGUUUGCCAGUGCACAAGCCCGCCGCAACUCUGAUGGUCUCUCAUCCACACAUGGCCAAUGGGUUCCCAGAUCAUUUAGGGCUAAAUAUCCAUACCCAGGAGAGGUGGUUACCCAGAUGACAGAACUCGACUCCCUCUGCCUGGCUUCGCAGGGCAAAGCUAUCACAAUGACAGCGACAGGCCCGGCGGGAGAGGCAGUCUUGCAGGACUUCCAUUUUGUUUGUGGUGCAGAGUACAGUGCCGCCAUCUACAUUCAUGAAACAGCAAUUGGACGCGUGCCAAAGAUAGGCCAAGAAUUUUACUCUGCCAUAAGACCUAUAAGUAUAGAAGAUAUCGAAUGGUGUUUGGAGUCCGAUUUCUGUAAACCAGAAAAGCUGCUUGAUAUUUUCUAUGUCGACCCGGCUCCUUCAAAUUUGACCUUAAGAGCACUGGCCAUAGCCCAUAAGGCUUACCAAACACUUCCGGAUGCGGCCAUAUCUACUCGUUCUUUAGAGUCACCUUUAUAUCAAGCCAAGUGGGCCAAGUCCCUGUUAGAUAUAAAGGGAGGCCUAGAUCCGCUCGGCAACAUCAACUUUCACUAUCAGCCACCGCUCGCUUGCGAUCCUAGCGAUGAUGUGAAAGACUAUGAACUCAAGAGAUUUACAGGUAAUAUUGGACGAUCUGGUCUCACGCUUCUCAUUCCACCCAAAACACCGAUGAUCAUGAAACUUGAAGAGACAUCUUGGCGAGUGAUGUCCUCUUCAGAGUUCGACGGAAAGUCCGAGAAUUACUUCCCCAAAACCUCUAUGCACCUCUCCUUCACCGAAUAUUAUGUUCCGCUCGUUCAGUCCGGCGAUGUGCAGGAGCAGGAUAGUCAGGUUUUCCUACUAGAAUCUGUCGUCUCAAUAUACGACGCGGGGCGUUGGAUCGGUGAUGUUGAUGUAUUGAAAUGUCUUGCUAGCCCUCUUGUUUCUUACAUGCCGGAAAUCUCCUGUCGCGGCAAUCAUCCUGGCUACAAAUUUGUAGGUAUUUCAUCUCUGGAAACAUGGGAUGAUGUUCUUGAUCCUCCUCUAGGCGAUGGUAUCAUUAGAGCUCAAGGCUCAUGGCUAGCGAGGUUAGCAAUUGUGACAAUCUUUGUCGAGGCUCAAGAAGCAACAGAUGGCGAGCGUAUCAGUGUUCUCUCGAGCAAUACUUGCUGGGGCUGUUCUAGACCUGAUGAAUACUUUUCACUAAGUCGAUUUACACAUGGACAUAGCCUAUCUGCAAUAUGUAUACCUAGUAUUAGUCGAUUUGUUCUAUGCUAA